AUGUCCAAAUUUCAGUCUCACCUUCGGAUAGACACGUCCGUUUCAUCUGUAGCAGGGCCCUCUUCCGGUUCGCGAAACCAGUCAAAUUCUCAGCCAAUGCCGUCUCCUCUCGGUUCCAGCUUCGGGAACAGAGCGCGUACUAGCUCGAAUGCAUCAUCAUCAUCCACCCUGUCUCUGGUUUCACCGACAUCUUCCUCCACGAGUGCUUCCUCAUCAUCCCUUUCCGUCUCAGAGGUUACGUACGCUCCCCACGACUCCCCUUUACGUUCUGCGAGUCUUGACCUGGAUGAAACGUUGGGUCCCAUGUCGGAUUAUGUCCUCGCCAUGCAUGACUACACUCCCCAACACCAAAACGCGACUUGUCUCUCGUUCAGGGCUGGACAAGUUAUACACGUUCUUAAUCGCGACGUUAGUGGAUGGUGGGACGGGGAGUUAGAAGGAAGGCGGGGAUGGUUUCCCAGCAACUACGUCAACUCAAGUGCAGACGAAGACGAGGAAGAGGAAGAUGCGACGGAAAUUCCGGUGCGCCCGCGAACCCACAUUCACACUAAAUCGACCACUUCUGCCAAAUCUUGGUCGCCCUCUACCCUGCAGCAUCCACAUUCCCUACAAGAGACCUUAGGGCCAGACAUCGAUUCAUACUGUCCCCCAUUGAUGGUUCCUUUACUUCAUGGAUUGUCUCUUCUUCAAAACGCUGUUCGCGCCAACCGCGUUAAUCAUUUUCAACCUUCCACAGCGUGCAUCAUUUCAUGUGUGCGCUCCAUACUUUCUGCCACGGACACCCUAAGCCGUGACAGUCCCAUCCUACAGCAGUUCCCUGUCUUAGCUCAGGAACGCCGAGGUAUUCUCGCAGUUCUUGCGUCCCUUGUUGCGCAAGCAAAGCGGGCUUCCGAAGGAUACGUACACGACGAGACGCACGAAUUCGAAGUUGAUGCAAUGCUGCGAUUAGGUGGACAGGUAUUCGCCCAUGUCCGGAGAUUCCUUGCCGUCGCCGUACAGUGUGGAGUGGAGCUUCCGGAGCGUCGGCAUUCGCCCAGUUCAUCUUCUGGAUCGGUAGACGUAGAAGGACAACCGUGGAAUUACCGAAAUGUGCCGUACAAUGCUUACGACGGUAACGAACCACAUCGAAUUUCUCCAACAUCUCAUGCAUAUCCACGCGAUGCUCCCGUAUCUCCAACUCACUCUCUUCGUGCGAAGAGUAUGAGUGAGCUGCGCAGUCGGCCAAAUCUCGACCAUUCCGAUUAUCCUAUUCCUGUACUACCCAGUCGGUCACUGGACUCUGAAUCGCGGGAGGAGAAUCCACCAAUAAUACCACCGCGCCCCCUUCGUAGACACAGGCCUGCCAUCAGCUCAUCUUCGUCGUCGUCGUAUUCGUCCUUGGAAUCAUCUGCCACUCCUCCGCUUCCCCCUUUUCCCUCUGGUCCUUGCACAACAUCACAAGUCAUGGAAGCCUUGCGAUCUACGCAUGACCACUAUCUCUCCACUAUCGCUGCUUUCAUUGGUCAUGCACAUUCAUAUUCCCGCUCGUCGCACGCUUCAAGUACGGGACAUAUGUAUGAUCUCGUACGAGAAAUAGUGGAGAUGGUAUGUAAACUCCUGACGAUUGUCGAGGCCGUUCUAUCGCACCCCGACGCUCCUAAUAACAGGAUCGUUCAACUUAAAUCUGCAAAGGAUGGACUAUAUCGUGUCACGAGCUCUUUGGCGGAGUCUGUUCGACUGUUGAAUAUGCCGCUACCUUCCUCAAUGACCGACGAGGAGGAGAAGCGAACCCUUUUGCGCUCUGCAACGGGAGCAUUGAAAGCCGGCGCAGAUUGUGUAUCAACUGUCAAAAUAUGUCUUAGUCGGUCGUUGGGUGAAAGGCCGUUUAUUCUUCAAGUGCCGACGCUGGAAGCGCCUGUCCCUCAGUUAUUCAAGCCGGGCGAAUCCAGUGGACACGAGGUCUCGAAGUCAAUUAGCAUGAUUGAGUUGAAUGGACACCAAAUGGAUGAUGAUGAUGACCGCCCAUUACAGAAUAGCCUGUUAGGAGACGAGUCUUCAGGAUCCGAGAGUAGCAGUGCCAUAUCGAAGUCGUCUUCGGACUUCUCAGGGGUUACAAAUCUGACGACGCCCGACGUCACCAUCGAACACGACCUUGGUUCACCAUCGUCAUUUAUCAAGACAGAUGAAGAUGGAACGACAUGGGAGGGUAGUGUGCACACUUUGCCUCGCCGAUCGGUGGAAGACAAGAUGAUCAAUGGUGAUUUGCCUGUCCUACCAUCGGAAGCGUUUCAGCAAACUCCGGAAUUCCCUCCUAGUCCUAUUGGAUGGUUGCUCAGUCAUGACUAUGCCAUUGACGACGUCGCAUACAAUGGCGACGGUCAUUUAGUUGGUGCAACUCUUGACGUUUUAGUCGAGAAGAUGACACCUCACGACAGCAUCGUUGACGCUGCAUUUUCCGCCGUCUUCUUCCUUACUUUCCGACUGUUCUGCACGCCCGUUGAACUUACACAAGCUCUGAUCAAACGAUAUAUGCUCCAACCACCCAAUGGCAUAUCCGAGCAAGACUUGCAGCUUUGGCAUCAGCGCAAAAUCCUGCCCAUUCGGAUGCGCGUGUCAAAUUUUAUCAAGAGUUGGGUAGAAUUAUACUGGCGUACUGGCACAGAUGAUUCAGCGAUUCCGGAGCUUGUACCGUUCGUCUCGGCGACACUACGCAGCACCUUCCAGAAGCCAGCUGAACGUAUCUUGGAGCUCUUGGACGUUCGUUCGACCACUAAGGGUCUGACCAUAAGUCCAAAGGGGGGUGACCGCGUGCGUGACCCGGGAAUGUCGAUAAAUCCUCCGACCAUUGUCCCAGCGUCUGAAAUCCCACGGCCUACCAUGACGAAGGCUCUUCUGGCGGCUCUUCGUGCGAAGAACUUUACGUCGAUAUCUAUUACUGAUUUCCAUCCACUAGAACUUGCGCGACAGCUCACGAUUAUGGAGUGCAAUCUGUAUUGUGCCAUUCAGCCCGAGGAAAUACUCGAGAGUGGACAGGAGGGCGCUAAGCAUCCUGUCAAUGUGAGGGCACUGACUUCUCUCAGCACGGUCAUUACGGGAUGGGUGGCCGAGAGCAUUUUGAACGAACAUGAUAUCAAGAAGCGGACCGCUCUCGUCAAGUUCUUCAUCAAAGUAGCCGAUGUGAAUUACCUUUCAAUUUUCCUGUUCUGGUCCUUGACGAUCACAUCACAGCGCUGUAGUUCACUUCACAAUUACAGCACACCUCGCUCAAUGUUGGCCGCGUUGGACUCAUCAACAAUAUCUAGACUGCGUCAAACAUGGAUGGGCCUGCCUCAAAAGAAUAGACUUCAGUUAGAAGCUAUGCGUCGUCUGGCCGACCAUGGACGCAACUACCACGAAUAUCGGACGAAGCUACGGAAUACCGCGCCACCUGCUGUGCCUUUUCUUGGUUUGUACUUGACUGAUGUGACCUUCUGUCGUGAAGGGAAUCCAUCACAUCGCGUAUCCCCGUUGAACGCCGAUAAAAAGCUUCUUAAUUUCAAUAAGUAUCAUAAACUGGCUAGAAUUGUGCAAGAUAUGCAACGGUUCCAAUCACCAUAUAAUCUCAAGGCCAUACCGGAGGUCCAGGCAUAUCUUAAUUAUGUCUUUGAGAAUUCACGGCAUCAUGGAGACUUGCAGGAUCUGUAUCGUCGGAGUUUGCUGGUCGAACCAAAAGAACCGGCAGAUACGCUCCCGUCUGGGGAUUUACGCCAUCUUUUUAAUUGGCGGUCUCAGCCCCCGUCGAAAGUUCUCACACAGCCGACCCUCGUCACAUCUUAA